AAGGCAAAAUCACCGAAUCUGCGGUUACAAAUUAUUCUACCCAUCUGCCUUGCGCAACAGUUCGGGUCAUAUCCUCCCAGAAGGAGGGCGGGUUUGGGUUUGUUUUGAAUUUCUCUCUGAAAUUCGACGAAAAUCAGGUCAAGUCAGGGAUGUUCAGCUCCCGAAGUCCCGGACCCAGGUCUGUGCCGCCCGUGGAAAACCCUCUACUCUUGGAGACGGCUGUCAGUCUAGCGAGAAAGAUACGGAACCGCGAGGUGAAGUGUGAGGAAGUUAUCAAGAGCUACAUCGAUCGCAUCCAACAUGUCAACUUCAUCAUCAACGCGGUGGUGGCGGACAGGUUUGAGGAGGCGCAGGAACAGGCGCGGGACAUCGACACCGUGCUCGACGCGGGCGAUCCCAACAACCUCUAUCCGGUAGAGAGUAUGCCGCUUCUCGGCGUGCCCUUCACGGCCAAGGAGGCGUUUACAGUAAAAGGACUACCCAACACAUCAGGCCUGGUAGCGAGGAAGGACAUCGUUUCCACGAGCGACGCCACCGUGGUGACGUACCUCCGCCAGGCGGGCGCGAUUCCGCUAGCUGUGACAAACUGCAGUGAGCUUUGUAUGUGGUACGAGUCGAGCAACAACGUCUACGGCACCACAAACAAUGCCUACAACACAGGAAGGAUCGUCGGAGGGAGUUCAGGUGGAGAGGGGUGCAUCCUGGCUGCGGGGGGGUCGGUGAUGGGGGUGGGGUCAGAUAUCGGGGGCAGCAUCAGGAUGCCAGCAUUCUUCAACGGCAUCUUUGGGCACAAGCCGACCUCAGGAAUUGUGUCUAACCAGGGCCAGUUCCCCAAUGCGGUGGGCCAGCGGACAGAGUUCCUGGUGACGGGGCCGAUGUGCCGGUUUGCGGAGGACCUGCUGCCCAUGCUGAAGAUCAUGGCGGGACCCAGCACUGUACAGCUCAAGCUGGAGGAGAAGGUGGACCUGAAGGCGCUGAACUUCUACAGUAUCGAGGAUGACGGCGGGUCCUGGCUCUGCACCGCAGUCGACCCUGAGCUCAAGCAGGCGCAGAAGAUGGUGGUGACCCAUGUGGAGAAGGAGCUGGGGGUCAAAGUUCAGGAGGUGAAGAUGGAGAAGUUGAAGUACUCAUUCCAAAUAUGGACGGCGAUGAUGUCAGAGUCAGCUGACAACCAAACCUUCUGUGAGCUCAUGUCGCACAAUGAGAGUAACCCUGUCAACCCAUAUAAGGAGUUUGUAAAGUGGAUGUUUGGGAAGUCGGAGCACACCCUACCAGCCAUCGGCCUGGGGAUGACUGAGAAGGUGACCCAGCUGACCACCGAGCAGAACAAGAACUUUAUCAAGAUGUGUGCCAACCUCAAGACAGAGUUUGAGAACAUGCUGGGAGAGAAGGGGAUCCUGUUCUACCCCUCGCACCCCAAGCCUGCUCCCAAACACAACGCACCCCUCCUCACCCCCUUUAACUUUGCGUACACCGGGAUUUUUAACGUCCUGGGUUUCCCGGUUACCCAGGUUCCCCUGGGGCUGGGGUCAGAGGGCGUGCCCCUGGGGUUACAGGUCGUGGCCCUGCCCUACAAUGAUCACAUGACCCUGGCGGUGGCCGUGGAACUGGAGAAGGCGUUUGGGGGGUGGGUAAAUCCGGGGAGGGUGGAGGAACCGGGAGACUGAUACACAACAACAGCAGAAGUUUGUUUACUUGUUUAUUUGUCUAGAUUCACCACAUUAGAUAACUUAACACCUGCCAUUGCAUAUAUUUACACACCACAGGAUAUUACAGGUAUAUCAUACCACACCAACAAGCUUUCUUGUUUCCCACUGUUUCUCAAAUGAUAUGGAGAAACUGAGUAUUAAGAAAACACUCGCAGGCAUCUUAGCAAACACGUUCUCCAACAUCAAGUCUACUUAAGGAUAAUCCUAACUCUGAUACUUAAUUGUCUUUUAAUUGGUUUUUAUUUUACCUGAGAAUUAAGUAAAUUCAUUGGAAUCAGGACUAGCUAGUAUUUGUCUCAAAACAGGGUCACAGGAAAAACUGUAUUCUACUUCUUGUCUGUUCUGUUUUUGAGACCUACAUAUAUUUAGUACCAAGAUAAUCAACCAACUAGCACAGCAGCUGUGGUUUACUUACAGAAAACUUUUUUGGUACUUAUUUAGUUUAGUUAAGUACUUACCCAACAGAUGGUGCAUAGGGUGGUGGCCAUCUCCAUUUUAAUAGCCCUUAGGCCACACAACUCUAUGUGAUCCCUACAGCAGGGGGCUAGUCCACUGGUAGUGGUGUGUGACUGUGUUUAAUUACUGUACUAUUUCCCAAAUGCUGAGUGCUCAGCUGACAAAGCAGUAUGUACCAUUUUUCAAGUCAUUUUUCUGGGGAUCAAAAUCAUGACCUACUGAACGCAAGGCGAAUACUCUACUCACUUGGCUAUUGCAAAGGUCUUGUUUCUAUUAGUUUCAUUGAUUGAUAAUGAUCUACAUGUAUCUGCAAAACUGAUGUUGUUUUUCAUAUUCUAUAUCUCUACUUGAUCAAUGAAUUUGAGAGGGCAAAACAUGACCUUGUUUUGAAGCUGGUUGAUUUUUAACAGGUUCAGAAAUGAGAUAUAUGAUACCAAGUGCUCUAAGUGUGCAAAAAUGAACUAUUGAGAAGGUCUGUUUUUAGAGGAAAACUGUGUAAGAAAUCAUACCAGAGGGACCAUGAAAAAAGUUACAAGGAAGCUAACAAACAAGGAAAGCGACUGUGAAAUUAUAUUGCCGACCUACAUGACAUUGUAUGAUAUGACUUUUUCACGACUUCCUGAAGGGUGUCUGGUAUAGAAAAUGAUGGCAAAUGAUGCAAUGGCUUCUUUUUCUUUCUAGACAUGUCAUUUUAGAAUAGGGAGCGCAUUAUCUUCCAGUUAUAUAUUUGGCAGCAGAGACCUACUUUUAUCAAUGACUAUUUUGUUAGAGACUCCAAAUGUUUUAAGAUAAUACAGUUCUCUCUUCGUUGCACUGAACUUUGUUAUUUGCAACCUGUAUGAGAUAUGUUUUAAACAGAAAACCUGCCAAAACCAACGCACAUAAAUGUUAUCAAAGAAUCUAGUCUUUGUGGUCUGAAAUGCCAAAACUGGCAUCAAAGUUGUUCGAAUUCUGGUGUCAAAAUUUUCCUCAAUUGAUGACGGUCAAAUAUCAAGGGCUGGAUCAAGGGCAAAUUUUAACAGUUAUUCCUAAAAAUGUACCGAAAAAACAUGCAGGCAAACAAACUACCAUACUAGUACUAGUCUAGCUGUUGUGCUCUUGAUCGUGAUCCCUGGUUUGGAAACUUCCAAUAGCCUACACCUAUUCUCGGCAACCAUUUGAGCCAUUGGUGUUAAGUGAUUUUUUUAUCCAUUUAAGAUGGUACAAAUUAUCAGAAAAUGAGAGCAUAGGAUUUUUCUUAUGCAACCAAAAGUUGACCAAGUUUUGGAUAUUGCUCUGGUUCCCUCAUCAGUGUCUGAUGACACCUUAUUAACAGGAAAGAUAGUUUUGGUUAUGUAAGAAGAAUCCCUAGCCUGGAAGCCAGUGGCCCGGUGAGGUAGACCCUGAACCAGAGGGUCCACCUAAAGGGCAUGUUGGUCUUAGAACUGAGAAGUUGUCCUUCAUGGGCCAUGGAAACCGUGAGUCUGGUCCUCUUGUGUUAGGCUCUGUGGCUGGCCUUUUUUUAUUUGGUCUUGUUGUUGUGCCCUAUUAUCUGAGUGUACACGUACAAAUACACGUGUGUACAUGUGUACAUUGUGAAUAAGUUCCUGAUUGUUCCUGAUUUCUGAUAUCUGUCCAGGUUGCCAGACCCAAGGCACCUGCUAAGAAGGCUCUGAUGUGUUUUGUCCCUACAUUUGUAUGUAUCAGUGUACAAAUAUGUGUCUGAAUUGUGUUGUAUAGCUAGUAUAUGUGCUGCUUUAGCAUAACACACCAGCUUUGCAGGCAUGCUGGUUAUAUUGCAAUGAAGUUAUAUCAUAUCUGAUGGUGAUGUUUAUAUUUGCAAGUUAUCACGUAUAUGUAUAUCUUAUAUAUAUAUAUUUGUGAAGUCUCAGUGUGUGUGUCUUCUGUGUAAUAUGUCACUUUGAAAAAAUACAUAUCUUUGAGAAAAAAACGUAAGAAUGAUAUUGUGUAUGCUGCAAAAAAUUAUGUUGUAUUUGUGAUGAUUUUGAAGCUGCUGUAUAUGUUCAUAUCCAUGUAUAUUACACAGUGUAUAUUACUUGCUCGCAAAUCUCAUGAUCACAGCACAGUGUGCUUAUUAUUUAACAGUUAGAUAUUCCAUGCCUUUUCAAUGAUUAAAAUGAAGGAAAAGAUGUC